AUGCUUUACGAAAUUGUCGGAAUCGCCCGUGCUGUCGGCAAAGAGACCGCCACCAAGGAGACCAUCGAAGUCCUUAAGACCAUUGGCAAACAGAUCAUUGACAACAGAGGUGUCGUCCGUGACAUAAAAAGCUGGGGCAUCCGGCCUCUGCCUAAAAUCAUGAAGAAGCACGGUGACUCGUACCUCUACGGUUCUUUCUUCUACCUCAAAUUUGAUGCCAGUCCUGGUGUCCAGUCCGAAAUCUCAAGAAUUCUUCGUGUUGACCGUAGAAUGAUUCGAUCCACCGUCGUUAAGCUUGGUGGUGAAAGCUUAAAAAACACUAUGUAA